UCAAACAUUAGACCUCAUUCGACGGAAAUGACAUCACCACACACUCAGAGAGCUUUGUUUCUUCACAGAGUUUAACUCGACCUUCUUCGAAGGAAGUGCAGCGCAGACAAGCGACUCCACAAGGAAUAAAAAAAUAGAAAAAAAGGAGAGAAAACAAACUCGUUGAAUUUGUAAAAUCUGAAAGAUUUGAACAUAGUUUCUGAACUGUACCGGGCUACGGGAAUUCCGGGAAGGGAGGAAGCGCUGUCAGCGCGGAAAUUAUGGAGGAUUCCCAUUUUAACUCUCAGUACUUCUGGUCCCCUGUGCCUGUACAAGGACAGAUUGAGAAUGCCAUGUUCCUGAAGCAACUGAAGGACCAGGAGAAGAACACUUCGUUCCCCUCCUCUCAUUACCAGACAACCAUGCUCACUGUCCCCAAGCAGGAGGGAGGGGGGCAGGGCCAAGGGGGUCACCUACACCCCCCUCACACCCAGAACAUCACUGUGGUGCCCGUAGCUUCCACUGGUAUCAUGACAGCAGCGGGUCUGGUCAUCACUACCCCUCAAGGUACACAGCUGGUCUCUCCUGCCUCCUCCUCUCAGUCCUUUGUCUCUGGACAUCCCACCAUGAUCGUCUCUACACUGCACACUCCAGACAAGAAACAGGAAGGUGGAACCCCCCAGGUGAUUGUCAUGCCGACACCUUUGAAGCGAGGAAGGAAGAAGAAGUCAACACUAGGGAGGGGGGUGCUUGCCGGUGGCCACACCCUCUCUGCUGGAAAUGAGGCGUUGAUUCUGGCUCACUUGGCAUCAGGGGGGCAGGUGGUUAUGUCUUCGCAGCAUUAUACAACUGACCCGUACGACCUCGCCAACGAAGACGAGAACCAUGGCGGGAAAGACUGCAACAAGACCUACAGGUGCCGGAUGUGUGCUGUGACCUUCUUCAGUAAGUCAGACAUGCAGAUCCACUCCAAGUCUCACACAGAGGCCAAGCCCCACAAGUGUCCCCACUGCUCCAAGUCAUUCGCCAACUCCAGCUACCUGGCCCAGCACAUCCGCAUCCACAGCGGGGCCAAGCCCUACACCUGCUCCUACUGCCAGAAGUCCUUUAGACAGCUCAGUCACUUACAGCAGCACACACGAAACCACACUGAGUCCAAGCCUCACAAGUGUCCCCACUGCUCCAAGUCAUUUGCCAACUCCAGCUAUCUGGCCCAGCACAUCCGCAUCCACACAGGGGUGAAACCGUACACCUGCUCUUUCUGUCAGAAGUCCUUCAGACAGCUCAGUCAUCUACAGCAGCACAACAGGAUCCACACAGGAGACAGGCCUUAUAAGUGUGUUCAUACGGGCUGUGAGAAAUCCUUCACACAACUCUCCAACCUACAGUCUCACAGACGGCAGCACAACAAGGACAAACCCUUCAAGUGCACCAACUGUAACCGUGGUUACACGGACGCAGCCAGUCUGGAAGUCCACCUGUCCACUCACACGGUCAAACACGCCAAGCUCUACUCCUGUGGCCUCUGCAACCGCACAUACACCUCUGAGACGUACCUGGUGAAACACAUGCAGAAACACAACUCAGACCCGCUCACUGCAGCGGCGGUGGCUGCUGCACAGCACUCUCAGCAGAACCAACAGAACCAAAGCCAUACCCAGAACCAGGGAGGUUCUCAUGGUCAAGGCCAAGUAGAGGGCACUGAUAGUGGGGCAGUCCGAGCCGGAGGACAAGGUGGAGAUCAUGGACAAGGACAAAACCAGGGUAGCUACUCUCAGGCAGAGACGGCAUCCAGCCCUUUUGACCUGCACCAGUAUAAAACAGUCGCUGCAGGGGACAUCCAGUUCAAAUCAGUCAGUGUGGCAGACCUAGUGACCCACAAGGACCUCUGUCUCACCGUGGCUACCUCCACCAUUCAGGUGGAGCACCUAAACUCAUAGGGGUGGGAGGGAGAAGUGGUAGAGACUGAGAGAAACUGGAGGAGCCCUAUGGGCAGACUGGAUAAAAGCAAUACAGAGGGGAUAUAGGAAGAUGUGCCUGAAAGAAAGGUGGGUAAUGGAAGAGGAAUAAGAGAUGUUCAAACAGAGAUGGACUUUUUGUACUUUUUUGUACUGGUUUCUCACUUUUAUUUCAUUUAGCCAAUGUUGAGUUUGUGUGUUUUUGUACUCUUUUAUAAUGAAUGGCUAGUGUAUACUGUUUGUAAAGGAGUGUUUCUCUGUCCGUCACUGCAAUGGUGUGGAAGAGAGACAAAAAAUGACUGAAAGAGAACAAUGAGUGAAUAGAUGUUUUCUCUUCUUUUCUUUUAUCCUUCUACCAUACGAACACAACUUUGAUUGUGGUCACGUCCGUGAAGUGUAUAACUGAAACUAACAGUAUUGUUAAGGUACAUUUUUCUACUUUCCCACAGAUACUAUCAGGUAUUGAUUACAUCAUGAUUGUCAUGGUUACUGUAAUCUAUCUUAUAAAAUGUGCUCACAAAUCUUUUUCACUGGAAAAAAAGGGAAGUAGGCUCUGUAAAAAAAGGCCUGCAAAAGUAUAUAUUGAUAUACAUACCAGUGUAUAUGUGCGUGUUAAAAAUAAAUGUAUAAUCUAUACUAUAUAACACUUUGAUAUUUAGCCUCAGUCCAGAAGCCAAUCAUAGAGCCCUGUUUACCUCACCUGACCCUGUAAGAACUGGGAAGUGAAUGUGAUCAGCUGGUACUUGUUCUAUGUAUUUCUUGUCAUAUUUAUUUUGUGUCCUAAGAACAUCAUUGUUAUCCAAAUAUAUUCUGACUAUACUUCCACUACUGUUAUACUAAAGUGUAUGAGCCUUUACAAACAGACUGAUACGUAUGAAAAGUGUUUCCCCUUAUCAAACAAUAAAAACCUCACUGAAAUCCAA